AUGAAUCAUAAUAAAGUUUUAAAUUGGAUUGCAUUGUCACUCUUUUUUCUUGAGUUGACUUGCUUCUCUGCUAUCUUGUGUCAAAACUCAGUUUCGCAAAUUUCACCAAAGUCAAUAGUGAAUGAUGAUGAGAAAUUUGAGCAUAAUAUUCAGCCUUCAGAAACUAUUAAAAAUAUAAUUUCUUUUGAUGAUGAGACCAUGAAAAUAUCUCCAUCUUCGCUUAUUUUGAAUGAAGAAGAAAGCACAAUUAGAGAAAUUAAUGAAAUCGAAUCAAAUAAUAUUGAAGUAGAAUCUUCGGGGAGAUAUCAUGAAACUAUUAGACCGACAUUAACAUUUAAGAAAAAUGAGAACGAAAAGUCAAUGAAUUACGAAAUUAUUGAAGACGGUAAUUUUUUAGUGAAAGGGGGUCGUCGAGCAAGAUCCUCACGACCCCAAAUACAGGAGAUGGAUACUGUUUUGCCGAUAAAGAAUGUCAACUCAAAUGAGUUAACAAUGGCUCGUCAAAAUAAUGAUAUCCAAGGAAUUAUUUCUGGAAUAGUAAAAUUAUUAAAUGGAAAUGUUAAUGUGCAUACAAAUAAUCAAGGAACUCGAAGACCACCAUCAAAUAGAAUCAAUAACAGAGGACCGCCAAGAAUUGCUGAAGCACAAGUUCCGGGAAAUGAUUUACAAGAGUCUAAUAAUGGCAAACCACAGCAAUCUUUCCCAGAAGCUCCUCUGAUGCGACCAUUUUUAACAGGAGUUCCAAUUCCUGAGCAAAUUGUACCAUCAAUGCAACAAAAUUAUCGUCCUGGUUUUGUAUCUCAAAAUCGACCACCUUGGAAACGUCCUAAACCACCAAUUAGUCGACGACCUCCUCCUCAAUACACACAUCAUCAUAUACCAACGCAUUUUGUUUCUGACGAUCAAUCAAACAAUUCAAAUUUAUCGUCUGCAUCAAAUAAAGAGAAACCAAUUGUUUAUGAAAACAAUUAUGAUGAUGACGAUGAUGUAGGAACGGCAAUCGAAGAAGAUACAUUGCCUCCGUCCACUACAGUCGAAGAUGAUCAUAAAGAAAUUAGCAGUACUAUUGCAAAUGAAAAUAUUUCAUCAACAGUUAUUACGAUCAUUCAGUCAACUUCUGAAGUCAACACGGUAGACCAGUCAAAUGACAUAUUUUCCACGUUAGGAGAUAAUGAUAUGAACAAAACCAGCUCGUCUAUUGAAUUAGAGCCAUCUACUAAUGAAAUUUUAUCGCAAAAUCCCGUAACAUUUACACCUACACUUAUCGAAACGACUACUUCUUCAUUAUCUUCAAUUGAUAAUCAUGAAAGUGUGAUACAUUCAACACCUUCUUUAAAUCCUCCACCAAACACAUACCAAACUCAAUAUAUUCCACGACCUGGAGUAGUUCUAGAUGAUCCUGAAUUUAAUCCUGCUCAAAAAGUAAAUCAUCACCAUCAUAAUCAGAGACCGAGAAUCCCGGUUCCAGCAGCUCAUCCUCCAGGAUAUGGCGAAAUAUUUGAUGUCACAUUAUCUGCCGUUCAAUUUGGGGACUCAAAUAUGGGAUCACAUCAGACAAUUAAUAUAAAACCAUAUAAUGUUUACGAAGGCACCGAUAUAAUAUUGAGUCCAUCAGGUGAUCAAGGAUUUGUAUCUAUUGAUGGAAAAAGGACGUAUAUAAAUCUUUUUGGCGAAUCUACGGAUCCACCAACAAGGAUUGAGUCUACUCAAGUGGUGAGAGAAAAUCAAAUCAGACCAACUAAUGUCUAUCAGCCUCCGAUUGGCGUUACUGGUAGUGGAUAUGUUGCUGUAGCUGAAACAGAAACAAUUACUAGAAAAUCACCACAUCAGCAACAACAUUCAUAUCAACAAAAUCGUUUAGUGCUUAAACCAAAAGUUCCACAACAAUUGCCGCCUGUUCGAAUUGAUACAUGCAUUGUUGGUGAUGACUCGACUUGCGAUAAAGCUCAAAAUGAGAAAUGCAUGAACGAUAAUGGUGUUUCAAGUUGUAGUUGCAAGCAAGGUUAUGCAAGGCGAAAACAUCGUGAUAUAUGUAGAAAAAUUGUUUCAGUUGUUGUAUCAAUGCGUGUAGAUCGAUAUCAUGACCGUAAAAUUGUUUGGGACUCAUCACUCAAUGAUUCAGCAUCUGAACCAUUCAGAUCCUUAAAAUAUGAGUCAUUGCGUGCUGUGGAUUCAGCAUUUAGUAUGACACCCUUUUCGGACGAAUUUAUGGAAGCGACGGUCAAUAAUAUCUUUCAGGGUGAUGCAUCUAAAGGAUUGGCUGGAGUUUUCGUAAAUUUAACAUUAAUGGUUGAAGAAAAUGGCGAAACUAUAAGACCUGCAAUAAGGAAUGAUAUUCAACGACAUUUACUUGGUGUGAUACACAGGAGAAAUAAUAAUAUCGGAAACUCAGCAUUGUUUGUAGACAGUGCACCAGGCUCAAUUUCAGCAGUAGUCGAUCUUAACGAAUGCGAAUCUGAUGAACUAAAUGACUGUCAUACGGAAGCAAUUUGUACAAAUACUUGGGGAAGCUACACAUGUCAGUGCAAUAGCGGUCUUAAAGAUCCAUAUAUUGAUCAUCCACAAAGAAUGGGACGUGAAUGUAUGUCAUGCGACUCAUCAUAUUGCAAUAAUCGAGGCACUUGUAGUUUUGAUUCUCAUGGAACUCAGGCUUGCACAUGCACAGGAUUUUAUUAUGGCUCUGCAUGUGAAAUAGACGGAGAAAUUUUAUUCGUAUCUAUUGGUGCCUCUGUUGCCGCUAUUUUCAUUAUCAUUCUAACAUUAAUAUGCUUAGUCAUGUGGAGUCGAAAGUGGCAACGUGAGCAUAAGAAUGCAAUGAUAGGAAGUCCUCUGUUUGGAUUAGGAGGAUACAUGGGUAAUGCACAAGUCAAAGCUCCUAUUAUGGGAACUGUUCCUUAUCAGAUGACUUUAGAAGAUAGAAUGAGAUGGGCUCAAAUUGCUGACGUGAUGUCACAGAGUAAUCAUUAUGGAAUCGAACCGUCGAGAACACUUCCAACGAUUUAUUCCGGCUAUCCAAAUUUGAGCGGAAUGAUGAGUGGAAUGACCUUGCCACACAAUAGUCAUCAUAAUGGAACUUUACCUCCCCCGCCAGUACCUCUUCCUAGACUAGGAAUGAAUCGACCAAGUGGAAUGAGAAAUCUCGAGAAUUCUAGUUCUAGUGAAGAAGAGGAUCGAACAGAUCUUUUAGGGAGGAGCUUUCAAGUUCCACGCCCGAAAAGUCGAGCAGCAUCUGUAACGAGCGCUAUUUAUUAUGAUGUAGAUUAUUCGCCCGAACAAAACUAUGGAUGUCAUAAUUCCUCUUCAAAUCAAAUACCACUAAGUACUUAUAGUGCAAGACCGCCUUCAACCACAUAUUAUAAGUGA